AGCAUGGGAGAUGAGAAGCAGCCGAAAAUGGUUCCGAAAUCCACAUCCUUCAGCAUCAAGAACCUCUUACUCCCCGAAGAGGUCCAGCAAAGUGACAACAGUCAGAACACACAGGCCGGCUUCCUGAGCAGUAAAAGCGGCGAGAGCGAGAGCGGGGCUGUCAAGGCUGAUUUCAAAUAUUUGGACCAUCCGGAGACACAGGUCGUCACCGAAGGAAGCGAGCAAAAGAAGGACGAGAAGAAACAAGGCAAAUAUGACAAGCCGCCUUUCAGUUAUAACGCCCUGAUCAUGAUGGCAAUCCGCCAGAGCCCCGAGAAACGUUUGACUCUCAACGGGAUCUACGAAUUUAUCAUGAAGAAUUUCCCAUAUUACCGGGAGAACAAGCAGGGUUGGCAGAACUCCAUCCGCCACAACCUCAGCCUCAAUAAGUGUUUCGUCAAAGUGCCCCGGCACUACGAUGAUCCGGGAAAGGGCAACUACUGGAUGCUCGACCCGUCCAGCGACGACGUCUUCAUCGGCGGAACGACGGGCAAACUUCGGCGGAGAUCGGCCACGUCGAGGGGCAAAUUGGCUUUCAAGAGGGGGCUUCGCCUUUCGACGUCGGGACUGGGCUUGGUGGAGCGGGGCAACCCCCUGUACUGGCCCCUGUCUCCGUUCCUGUCCCUGCAUCAUCCCCACAACGGGCUCAAUUAUAGCAGCGCUGCCUCCAGCUUUUUGAACCAGGCUCCCACGUACAGCUCGUUGCUCUCCGGCUGUGGAUCCGGAGUCGACCAGAUGGCAAGCGGUGACUUCUCCCACCCGUUGUUAAGGGGAUCCGUACAGUGCGGCUUGGCCAACGGAUACACGGUGAAUCCUUGCUCCGUCAGCUUACUGUCAGGCCAGGCUGGCUAUUUCUUCCCUUCCCUACACCACACGCAGACGGUGCAACACCAGAACGGGUCGGGGAUGGGGAAUCCGGGAGCACCUUCCAGUUCCCCUCCGGCAGCUUCUCUUCUUUCCGAGACCCUCAGACCGUCUCUUUCCACCUUCUCAUCAGGACUGGCCGCUGGAUUUACCAGCUAUCUGUCACAGCAGAGCGGAGGGACUCCCAGCAAUUCAUUUUUGCACUGA